AUGUGACAUAUGGUUGAUCCAAGCCGCAUCCUUCCUUUCUACACUUCUAACCCCAAUCCCCGGUCUCCAAAGCCCAUCGACAAAGGCGUCGACCCAAACUGUAAUCGUCACGCCACGACAUCCCACCAGAUCGAGACCGCAACGUCUUUUCCUCGCUCUCCUGUCCCUGCACAUCACCUUUGCUUCCCCCCCUCCAAGACCUUGCCGUAGUCUCCAUAGAUACCCCGCCGCCCGUCCUCGCGGCAGAGCACUCAAGAAAGCCCGGCUACGAACUCCCAAUCCGGGGAUGGGGGAAGAAGCGGAAAUACACAAACGAGCGGCCAGCAGCAACCGUUUCGGGGUUGAGCUCCACCCUAGGCCCGGACUUUUGAUAUGGGCGGAGAUUGGGACACUGGAGCGAACCAUGGGGGGGAGAGACGGGGAGAUUGCAACGUUGCUAUCAGACCUCUCUCUCUCUAACCUAAACCCCCAACCCCGAACUCUGCAAGCCUGGUUGAAUGGUAGCCACGGUACCGAAAUAUUCGUAUGCUUCUCAAAUUUCCUCGUAGCUUCGAUUGCCGGCUCGACGUUUGGGGUUAGCACAGUUGCGUCCAACGUUGCCAGAAAACAAACCAACCUCCGGCCUGAUGCACUUGCAUGUCCUCCCUUGUGUCCCGCAGGAUGCGGUGCCUUGCUUCGAGCGACUGUAUCUCCGUAUCGGCCUUUUCCCGCAUGUGUAUGUAUGCAUUAUGAUGCCAUACAGCUCCCGUCCAUAUGGCGGGGUUAAUGUAGUGUUCAACCCGGAUGCUACCUUCUACAAACGCGUAGCUCUUCGUCCCCUUUCCUACCGCGCCGACGGCUUGGCUGCCAUCG